CCCUGCCAAGACACCCCAGAGAAUGUGUGAAUGAAAAGGCAGAGGACAGGAAUCACUGAGUUCUCAGGGGUGAUCCAGGUGUCUGUUAGAGUCAGGAAGUGUAGUGAGUGGAGGGAUGCUAGGGCUGGACAGCAGAUUGGCAAUUCCAGAGCCAUCCUUCCACCACUAUCUGUGAUUGUGCAGAAUAUUUAAAGUCAUUUGAUUCCACAUUUGCUAUAGAAGCAGAUGAAAAUUAUCUGCCUUUUCAAAUGCUAACAUGUCUAAUUUCUUAUAAGUGCUAGUGUUAUUUGUGUGCUGGUUUAUUAUUAUUAUUAUUAUUAGCAAUUGUGGUGACCUGGUAGCUUCCUGAAGGUUCCUUUUGAGACCUUCUUGAUGGUACCAAGAGCUCCGAUCACCACUGGUACCACUCAUGUCUUGGUGCUCUACAUUCUCCUAAGCUCCUUCUCCAGACCCUUAUAUUUGCUGACAUUUUCAGCUUCCUUGAUCUUAAGGUUCCUAUCAUCUGGGAUUGCCACAGCUAUCAGGAAGUACUGCUUACUUAUUACUACUGUGUAUUAUGAUCCUGUUUAGUAUAUUUAUAAGGUUCAUUAUAUAUUUUAGUAUAUAUAUCUCAAAUUAUGUAAAACAAUGCCUUUAUGAUAUCUAACAGAACACACCUAAUUUAUCCUUUCUAUGAUGGCUUGUUUAGGCAUUGCUUGUUCAUGUUCAUUCACUAAACCCAAAUUUAAACAGGACAUAAAUUGCAGUGUUUGUAAAAAAAAUUAGUGUAUACGAACUUUGGUUUAUAUUGAGUUGACUGUAGGGUUUGACUUCUGAACCUUUAUGAUAGUAGGGUUAGAGAGAGAUAUACAAUACAAUAACUUUGCUGCGACUAAUAUAUUUAAUAUAGACUAUAUAUUUUUAACAGUUAAACAAUUAAAACAAAUCAUUUCUCCAUCGGGGUGCAGUACUGAGCCUUGAAGAAUCGAUGGACUUGCAAAAGGUAUACAACUGCUAUUAGUUAAAUGAAAUUUCUGUGAUUCUUACUUGAUAAUCGGAAAAUCUACGUGUCUGCAGUCGAUCGGAUCUAACAAUGUCGAACAGUUUCUAAGGAUCAUCAUCUUUUUUCUGUAAAUAAAAGUUUUCUUAGGCUGCAGCUGUACACACACAUUUGGAAACCGUCACUGACUGAGGAUGUUAAAGAGAUGACGCGGAAGUAAUCGCUUCUACUUUUCGUAGAGUUCUCUGAUGCAUUUCCAUGAACUGCGCUAAGUGCUGCAUGUCGCGUAGACAGCUUCGAUUUUGUGUAUUGUUCGUUCGCCACUUGGCAAUGCAAAAUGAGGGCUGUAUUUCUUGGAAUACUUAUUUUAUUUAAAUAUGGCGUUUACGCGUUGGAGUACAACUUUAAAGGAGAAAUUAGGAACUUUGUUGUUGGACAGGGUAAGGUGUACGUUGUUACCGACUCUCGCCUCCACCAGAUGCGUCUCGAUCUAGUAGAGGAAAAGUUUAAGGAUUUACCAAACCAUACACAUCCAAACAAAGUUAAUAUUUUAUUGCCUUUCGACGCUAAUGGUACACUGAUUGUCUGUGGAAGUGAUACAAGUGGAUAUUGUGAGGUCCUCGAUAUAAAUGACAUAACCAAAACUAUCUACAGAGAGGCUCUGUCAGUUGUACCAUUAGUGGAUAAAUCAUCGAUGGCAUUCCUUGUCGAUUUUGAUCAAAGUAACGGAGUACAAUCCAGGGGUGCAUAUUUGUUGGUUGCCGGGGAGAAUGAAGACAAGGCAAAAAAAUAUACAGGGUGUAACUUCCAAGGAGGUGUAACCUUGUGGAAUACUCUACACUCCCAGACGGGCGAUAUUUUCUCUACAACAGCCAGUGAACCAACCGACUCAUGUGUUAUAGUUAAGGAUGUUGAGUGGGUGGACGGGUUUCAAACAUCUUCGCACUCUCACUCGUACUUAUUUCUCAACAUUAAGUCUGCAACAGCACCGAGUGUUGUGCUCUUAAGGAUGCAUAACAGCCGCAAAAAAUCAAAAAUGACCAGAUCCCUGAAAGGUGCGCGGUUACAGUGUUGUGAGGAUAAACCCCGCCGCAAGCUCUUGUCCUCUGCCGUUAUCUCCUCUGGGAGCCCUCUUUUAUGGGUGGGAAUAUUCACUGCCCAAGAAGAGCACGAUGACACUGCUUUGGCUAUAUUCGACAUCAGCGAUCCAGGAAACCAAGUUCCUUCAGAUUUCGAAUGUAGUCCAAAGUGUGCAGAGGUUAAAAGGGACAAGGUAUUAAAGCCACAGUCUGAGGUUUUCAAAGUUAGUUCAAUGACCUCUGUGGCGGCACAAAAAAAAGGAUCGUGGAUUGUCCUGUACAUUGGAACAGGAAAUGGUCAGCUGAUUAAGCUUGUAUUGGAUAAGUCUUUCAGACCAGGAUGUAUGAAGGUGCUAUACAGAUCUGAUGAUGACAGAAUGCUGUUUUCCAGAAUGUACUUUGACCCAGUGGAUCAUAAAUGCAUCUACAUAGUUUUGAGAAAUCAAAUCCGGCGAGUGGCAGUAACUCAGUGUGGUAUGUACAGCACAUUGAGACACUGCAGGUCCUCUCAGGACCCUCUCUGUGGCUGGUGUAUGAACACAACAGACUAG